AUGGAUAAAUUUUGCACAAUUCUACUUAUUUCUUCAUUUUUCAUAGCAAGCACACACGCUACAUCGAGCAAAGAGGCCGAAAAAUGGUUCAAAAACGUGCCUCAUCGCAAAGAAAAAUUCGUAAAACUCCAUUUCUACAUCCAGGACGCCCUAGGCGGGCCCAACGCCACCAUUUGGGAGGUGGCGCGGGCUCAAGUGACGGCCAACUCACCUACUUCAUUCGGGCAAGUUAGAGUUUUGGAUGACUUGAUAAUAGCUGAGCCCGACCAUAACUCAAAGAAGCUGGGACGGGCUCAAGGGCUCAUCGCAUCUGCAGGCCUCCACGAAUCGUCUCUCACCAUGAACAUCAAUUUUGUGUUCAUGGCGGGCCCGUAUAAUGGUAGCACGCUUUGUAUUGCUGGCUGGAACCCUAUCGAGAGGGUUAAUCGGGAACUGCCAGUUAUCGGUGGCACCGGAAUUUUACGGAUGGCUAGAGGAUUUUCCAUUUCUAACACUUAUUCGUAUGAUCCUAUUAAAGAUUUAGGGGUUUUGGAGUACACGGUUUAUGUUUCUUACUUUUAG